UAUCAUAAAAAUCACAGUCAGGGACUGUUAUUUACUUUAGUAGCCUUUUAAGGACUUUUACUGUGUACUGUAUGGUAUCGUGAGUUUACAUAAUGGUUUAUGACUAUUCUGUAGUAUAUUUUUUCUAUACAUGAUGUCAGUAUCUGUGAAAUUGGUUUCAUAUUGACUCAAUUGUUUUAUGGUAUUGUUCUCUCAAUGUAUAUCUUAUAGUGUCAUAAUAUUCCCAUAGUUCAUUUUGGUCAUUCAAAGCUUUUUCAUUACAAAAUUAGUCACCGAGUUUGCAAUUAUAAUUGUUUAUAAUUUGCUCUUUUAGGUCAAUAUUGGUAUUACAUUUAUAGUCAUUUUAUUUUGUAUUAAUUUGUUUUCUCUUUAUGUGUGUGUGUUAUAUAUUUAGAAAAUGCACUUCAUAUGCAUUUCGUAUGGGGGGGUACUAAUAACAAAAGAUCUUCUAAUUAUAAACCUGUAAAGUAUUAAUAUUAUCUAUUGACCAAUAAAUAAGUGGUACCCUUUCUAGUAUUUAAUUUGCAAUUCAUUGGUGCCAUAAAACCUCUCACUAUGUAUCUGCAUAAGGAUAUUGGUGUCAAUCCAAUCCAAUUAUUACAUGACAGUGAUUUACUGUACAAAUUACGAUUGAGUUACUGUAGUAGCCUAACUCAAUUGUAAUUUUCUCCAGGAUACAACAUAAAUAUCUGAGUAAAACUCAGAGCCAUACUGCAAAUUUAGAAUGAAAGUACUAUAAUGAAUGAUAAAAUCAGUUGAAUCAGUUCAUUAAGAUGGAUAGAGAUAAAUAAAUUGAGAUAAAUAUAGAUUGAGAGAUGAAGAGAGAGAGAGAGUGAGAGUGAGAGAGAGCUCCUUUAAAUAUGUCCAAAUAAACACCAACCAGUGGAACUUCCUGGGACUUUACUUGGAGUGUUUCAGCCCUGCCUUCCCUUUAUUAGCUAUGAAAAUGACAUGCCUCACUUCCCUUUAUUGGAAGUUGUUCAGUCAGUUCACCCUUCAGGAAAUGUGUCAAGAAACCUUUCUUAUUGCAGAGAGUCGUGUGGCUGAAAACAUGAGCCAUGUCUGAGAAAUCACAUGGGACUUUAUUGAAAUGUAACCUGUCUUUUCCCCACAGACAAGGACAAUGGCAGCAACAGGUUGGGUCUUCUUGCUGGCUGCACUGCUGUCUCUAGCAUUCACAAUGGCACACAACCACAGUGGGGAGACAGAGACCUACCAUGUGAGUGCUGGCCACCUCUUUCUGCUGAAGUGCCCCAUUGCUGAUGCUCACACCAACGUGACCUGGAGCAGAGGGGGGAGGCACAACCUGAGCCUGCCCACUGGAGUGGAAGUCAGGGACGGGAUACUGUGGUUUCUACCUGUACAGAUGACUCAUAAUGGAUCCUACAUCUGUGAGAAAAGGGGCGAGACUGGAUUAUCAUGGAUGAAGUUUGGGGUGUCAGUAUCCAGUGAAGUGUGUCCAGAUCCACCUGAGACCAUAUCCAUCCCCCAGGGAGUCAGUGGAGGUCUUCCUUGCAAACAGAGAGAGAUCUUCAGACUGAAUAACACAAGGAACAUACGAUGGAUGAAGGAAUGCCGCCCAGUGGAGCGGCAAGUGGAGCCCAUCUUUGUGGAUGAGAAUGGCUUCAUGAGACUGCCUGUGGCCUCAGAAAAGGAUGCUGGGAAAUACACCUGCCUGGUAGACAUUAGCUUGGAUGGCAGGAAGUACACCACUGCACGCAGCAUCCAGCUGACUAUUAAAAACGGGGUGGCAGAUACAGUUUUUGCAGAGCCCAAGGUGGUGUUCCCUCAACAGGAAGUGGUCGUUGUUGAAGUAGGUACGAGAGCAGAGCUGAAAUGUUUAGCCUACAUAGGCUUCAGUGACGACAAUGAGACUCUCAUGUACUGGACUGUUGAUGAGACCUAUGCUGAGGAUCACAAUGAACUCGACGAGUCCUGGAAAUAUACUCACGACAGAGGCAGGGUGUAUGGUCUGUCCACUCUGUCCAUCUCUACAGUUCCUCGUCACUUCCUGAAUGUCCCCAUUCGUUGCCAUAUAAUGAGCCCAGCUGGAGCGAACGUCGGCUUGGUGUGGCUUCAAGAAGCUGACCGCAGUGCCCUCUACACCAGUGUGGCUCUCUGCCUCGCUGCCUCCCUGGCUAUUCUGGCCCUGACUGCUGCCUUCUUCCUCUUUAAAGUAGAUCUGGUGUUGGCUUACAGGAAACUGUUGAGACAUUUUGCCAAACAACAAGCUCCGGAUGGGAAGCUCUACGACGCCUAUGUGAGCUUCCUCCAUCCCAACACCCUGAGUUCAGCUGAGAUGGUGAGCUUAGCCCUGCAGAUGCUGCCUGAGAAGCUGGAGAAGCAACACGGCUACUCUCUGUACAUCAGAGGACGGGACGACUGCCCUGGAGAAGCCAUGCAUGAUGCCAUUGCUGCUGCGGUGUGCCAAUGCCGCAGACUGAUAAUCAUCCUGUUACCUCUGGAAAAACCCUCCACUGAUGGCAAAACAGAGGAAGGGCACUUGUGUGACAACCAAAACCAGCUGUGCUAUGAGCAGAAAGUCGGCCUUUAUGACGCUUUGACCCAGAACAACCCCAGAGUGAUCCUAGUGGAAAUCGAUGGUCCUGUGGAUUACAGUGGCCUGCCAGAGUCUCUGCGCUAUAUCAAGAGGAAACAAGGAGCUCUGAAGUGGAAGAAACCCUCCCUUGGAACCCACAAACUCACAAAAUUGCGGUCAAACAGAAACUUCUGGAAGAAUCUGAGGUACCAAAUGCCUUCAGUGCCUGCAAGGAGACUCCAGACUAUUGUCUAAACCAAGUGAAAAAACUUUUUCCUGGAUUUUUACAGAUGGGAGCCAGCAUAGACGUUUUGUUUAUUGCAUCAGGACUGUCAGGCCUGUUUCCUGGAAACACUGACGGCAGACGGCAUCCUAAAACAUAUUGUAUGUUAAUAUCUGUUAUUCAUCGUUGCCUGAAUUGUGUGAUGUUACUGUAAACAAACAAGACUGACUGCUCAUUGGCAGCCUGCACAGUGGAUUUCACAUUGCGUGCAAUGGCGUUGGAAAGACAUCUGCUCGAUUUCCUGCUACAAAACAUGAAUGCUUUACAAAUGGUGAAUGGACUGUACUUAUAAAGCGCCUUUGUAGUCUUUCUGACUAAGCACGUCAUGAUACAGCUUUGUUCCACAGAUCACAUACUUUCAUCAUUGGCUCUUACCUCCUUGCCCUUCAGAACAAAAUGAGUAUCAUUCCAAAACCAGUAUCAUUUUCUCAUUUAGAAUUGCAGCCCAUUUACACUGUGGUAUGUUAUAAGGAGUGUAGCUCAAAGUUCAGUUUACACAGAUUAAAAUGAACUUGUUCAUGUUCAUAGUUCACAAUUUUGAAUCACUAUUUUAUUUUAUUCUAGUAUUUCCUUUUAUCUUUUCCCCACCUUGACAAAUGCUUUAUGAAAGUGAUGAAAUAGUUCAAAGAGCAGCUUAACUCUGUUUACAGUAGUUAGAUAAUUAUCAGAACAAAAUGUAAAAGGCAUAGAUAUCUACACAGUCGUGGUGGGGAAGAACAUUGAUAAAGAUCAGCACACUUUCAGCUGCCUUUUUCUCCUUUUAGUCACACACAUACUUACACACUUAUGCAUUCAGUGUUUCAGUCCAAUAUUAAACCUGCAAAAACCGAUUUUACCUCAUUUUCGUUCUGAAACUACUGUAUGUGUUCAUAUCAAUUGUCUGAAGGUUUACUGAGACAGAAUGACACAAGUCAACAUCCUCAUGUGCGGGCCAGCUAUAUUGCAGUUUGCACCUCCUCUCUAAAGGAGGGAAGGGUUUCUUAAGACUAGAUAAUAAGUCCUAAGGUAUUUGAAAUUACAUACAUUUAGGUUUAUAUUGAUAAGACUGCUGUGUUGUAUAUGGAUAAGAUUGCUGAGGCUUGGUCUACAGAGUGGUAAACAUUUUUUUUCCCCUUACCUAUAAACUAACUUGUAUUUAUACAUAUUAUGUAUUACCUUUUUGAUGUACUGUAUUAUGCUAUGAGGAGGAGAAUCAUCCCUGGUAAGUGUGUGACCUUGUGAGGAAAAUAUGUUCCUCAUGUGAACGAUGAUUAAAGAUGCUUGAUUAUUA